AAUAUAUAACUAAUAAUGUAUUGAAAAAAAGUCAAAUAAAAACAUUGAAUUGAUUUCAAUUGUAAAACUACAACAACAACAACACUAAUCACAACAACAACAACAACAACAUUGCAAUCAUUUUUAAUAUCAUAUAAUUUGUAUGAUUUUAAUUGAAAUCUAUUUUUGUUUUGUCGACCAUUGAUGUCAACAACAAUUUGUUUGUCAUUUAUUUAAAUUUGAUGACAAUAUCUGUUGAAACAAAUUAUUUUUAUAUCAAUUCAAUUAGUAAUUGAAAAUUGUUUGCAAAUAUUUGUUGAUUUAUUGGUUGAUUGAAAAACAUUAGCCAAACGUAUAAUGAAAUUAUUGUCAUUUAAUUGAAAGCCGAUAUCAUAUCUAGUGAUCACCGAAAAAGGUUCAGUUAAGAGAUGACAGUUGUGAUGAGUACCGGUAAUAGUGGUCAACAGUCACAGCAAUCGCCGCAAACGCAUCCCAAUGUGGCGCCGCAACAACAAUCAGCAGACCAGACACAGACACCGCCGCAGCCGAUGGACAUUGAAUGCGAUGAGAGUUUAGCACAGGCCUCGAGUACGGGUACGCCGUCGCACGUGUCUGACAAAAGUCCGGCCAAUAUUAACACUAAUAAAACGAAUCGAAAGAUUAAUUACAACAAAUCCGUUAAGACAUUAGCGGACAACAAUCAAGUGAGUGAUGGAAAUGAAGAGGUUUUGCACUUUUCCAGUACUAGUCAUCAUAAAAGCAACGAAUCGCUUAAUAUAUCCGAUGAUAUUAUUGAAAUGAGCACUGAUGGUGAUGACAGUGAAGCCAAACAAGAGUUAGCUGACGAUGAGGAGCCAGAGUUUCCCGUUGAGGAGCUCAACAAAUUGGAUGAUAUGAUUAAUAAGCCCCGUUGGGUCAUACCUGUCCUUCCAAAAGGUGAACUCGAAAUACUUUUGGAAACAACUAUCAAAUUAUGCAGAAAAGGUUAUGACAUUAGAUCAGAACCGUGUCAAAGGUUUAUAAGAGAAGGACUAACCAUUUCGUUCACUAAAAUAUUGACCGACGAAGCAGUUAAUGGAUGGAAAUUUGAAAUACACAGAUGUAUUUUAAAUAACUGCGAGCGACUUAUUGAGUUAAUAGUUCUUAAGCUCAAUCAAGACUGGUUCCCAUUAUUGGAUUUGUUGGCAAUGGUUUUUUGUCCCUCCAAUAAAUUUCAUUCAUUUACGAGCACUCGAACUGAGACAAUAACUCGAUCUCCUGAUGAAGAAGUAUUUGCCAAAUCUCAAGACUUGCGAACACCAAAAGGAUGGCUCAUAGAUCUUAUCAAUAAAUUUGGAAAAUUAGGUGGUUUUAAGAUAUUGUUGGAGCGCUUCCAAAGUGGUCCGACGCUUACGGUUCCCCUAAUAGCCGCUCUUCUAAAGCCAUUUGGAUUGUCAUACGAGUUACUAACGACACAAACUAUUGAAACUUAUUUUCUACCGAUUAUUAAAAUAGUGCCUCAAUUUUUGGAUAAUCUUACCGACGAUGAACUCAAAAAAGAAGCAAAGAAUGAGACAAAAAACGACGCGCUUUCAGGAAUUGUUAAGUCUUUGAAAUGUUUGGCCUCUCGAGUGACAAACGAUGAAGAAAUGAUUAAGAAUUUAGAAAUUUUUAGAUUAAAAACUAUUUUACGAUUACUUCAAAUCUCGUCAUUUAACGGCAAAAUGAAUGCUCUAAACGAAGUCAAUAAAGUUAUUACUAGUGUUUCAUAUUAUUCACAUCGCCAUCAAAGCACUACUUGUAUGUCAGGUGUUGAAGAGGAAGAGUGGUUAACGGCAGAAAAGAUGGCCGAAUGGCUAAAGGAAAACAAAGUAUUGCAAAUAGUUUUAAGAGAUUCAUUACAUCAGCCACAAUAUGUGGAGAAAUUAGAGAAAAUUAUACGAUUUGUGCUCAAAGAGAAAGCGUUAACUCUCGAAGAUUUAGAUGACAUUUGGUCGGCACAGAGCGGAAAACAUGAGGCCAUUGUAAAGAAUGUGCACGACUUGUUGGCCAAACUGGCCUGGGAUUUCUCACCCGAACAGUUAGACCAUCUCUUUGAAUGCUUUCAGCAAAGUUGGACUAAAGCUACCAAAAAACAAAGAGAAAAACUUUUAGAACUAAUUAGAAGAUUGGCUGAAGACGAUAAGGACGGACUAAUGGCCAACAAAGUGCUCAAUUUGUUAUGGAAUUUGGCUCAUUCUGAUGAUGUGCCCAACGAUAUUAUGGAUCAAGCGCUGGGAGCUCACGUCAAGAUCCUAGACUACAGCUGCUCUCAGGAUAGAGAUACGCAAAAGACUGAAUGGCUCGAUAAAUGUGUUGAAGAACUGACAAAACCAAACGGAGGUGUUUGGGUUCUGCCGGCACUCAAACAAAUACGUGAAGUCUGUUCCCUAUAUAACGAAGCCCCGCCUAACUUUGUGGUGUCGGGUCCAACAAUAUCUGGCAAUCCUUCACAUCAUCAAAGAGUCACACAUUUAGUCUAUAGACAUGAGAUUAUAUCACGUCUUCAGAAUCAACACUCACUGGUAAUACUGGUCUCUGAAAACUUAUCUUCAUAUAUGAAUAGAGUUCGGAUGUUGUUUAAAGAGGGCAAACAUAUUGAUCCCAAUUAUGUUUACCCCGGCAGUCGAUUUUCUCACGUUCAAGAAGUUCUCGAAAGACUUAACUUUUUGCGAUUUCUUUUAAAAGACGGACAGUUAUGGUUGUGUUCACCUCAAGCAAAACAGAUCUGGAAGUGUUUAGCUGAGAAUGCCGUUUAUCUCGAUGAUAGGGAGGCUUGCUUUCGAUGGUUUUCCCUAUUGAUGAGCGAUGAACCAGAUCUUGAUCCAGAUAUAAAUCGAAAUUUUUUUGAAAACAAUAUUUUACAAUUAGAUCCGUCAUUAGUUACCGAAAGUGGAAUCGAGUGUUUCGAUAGAUUUUUUAAAGCAGUUAAUGUUAAAGAAGGAAAACUUAUAGCAAAAAGACGGUGCUUUCAGAUGGAAGACAAUGAACUCAUUGGAAUCGACUAUUUAUGGAGAGUUAUAUUGUGUUGUAGUGAAGACGUGGCCCGAAAGGCUAUAGAAUUGCUCAAAGAGACGUAUACUAAUCUCGGACCUAAACUCAUGGCUUCUCAGGUGGAACUACACGAAGACUUUAUCAACACUUGUUUUGAUAGAUUACGUGCCAGUUAUGACACGAUUUCAAUAAUUGAAAAAGAUAUCACAUCUGAAGCCAGAGUUAAACAAGAAAUGGUUAAAAUGACACGAGUUUUAGAAGCUCUUUACGAAUAUAUUAAUCAAUGUGAUAAUGAUUUUGGCGAAGAGCGCACUAUUUUGCCAAUGAGUCGUUCAUUUAGGGGAAAGCAUCUAAUGUUAACCAUACGAUUCCCAAAUCAUGGCCGACAUGUCGAUGACAUCGAGAUAUGGACCCAUACUAACGAUACAUUACAUUCAAUUAGGCAACAAAUAUUAAAUAAAAUUAAAGUGAAUAAUUCAAACAUGAAAGUAGAUCUUUACAUGAAUGGAGAUUUGUUAGAUCCAAUUGAUAAGAAACUUGUCUCACAACUGCCAUUUAAAGAUAAAAUGGUUUUAAACGGAAAGCUAUUUCAAGUAAAUUCAAAUAUGGCCUGUUCUCCCGAUUCAUCGUCAGACAGUUCAACCGGCACCGGAUGGACUAAUCCAUAUUCGUGCGCUAAUCCCGAAGCCGAGGCUUGUUUACCUGGAGUGAUAAUGUCUCGUCAGUCACAAUACACUCAAUUCUUGUUCCAAUUGGCCGACAUAGGGAUGUCAUUAAACAACCCAUCAUUAAGAGAAAGUGCAUUAUCUGUCCUCAAAAUAAUGUCGGCCGACAUUCAAACUAUUGAACACAUUAAGCAACUAUGUAUGUCUGGAUCCGACGUUUCAUAUGAGGAACAAAGUCUUAAAUUUGAUUCAGAAUUUUUCAAUACUUCUCCCACUCGUGUUAUCUAUAAUAUGGGAAUUAUUUAUUCACUAUUGAUUCCGGCAUCGAAUCCUCUCUCAGACGGCGCUCAAGAGUUUCAAAUGAAUUUUAUGAAAAGUGGUUGCGGUCUUAAAAUACUUGAAUUACUUACAAAAAAUAAUUUUCUCUCAAAUGCUGACGAUUUUAGCAAAAUGUGUGCAUUUUUAAUUGUGCUAAAGAUAAGUAAACUAACGCUUACGACAAUUGCAAACUGUGUAUUGAGUCCAAUGACUGGUCACUCAUCACAUAAUGUGAUUACAUUACAGGACGCCAUUCAAAGUAUUCCAAAUGUUUUCUCAGAGUGUAUGACACGAAGUGUUUCCCAACGAAUCGCUCAAAAUUUAAGAGUUUGUGAUAAUAACCAAAUUUAUAAUAAUAUAUUGAACUAUAGACCAGAUAAGGCCACCAUUACAUCUGUAAUGUUGUUGUCCUGGUCUGCAGCUACAGGUCGCGAGUCGUCGCUGAACGCAUCAACCGAACAGUUGCAUCAAAUUAUUGUUGAACCUAAUGACGAAAGUCCUGCAGAAGUGGAUCAAGUGUGCAAAGAAGCCAUCGAAGUGUUGACUGUGAUGUUUAUGUUAUCUCCUGAAGUAUUAGUCGUUUUUAUGAAAGAGCAAAUAUGGCAGACAUUUGUUAUCGAUUUAUUAUUAAUUUGCAACAAAAAAUGUAUUCGUUCGACAGCAUUGGAACAGUUAGCUCUGAUAGCAACUAAAUGUGCGACAGAACAGGAUUUUUUAGUUAGAUUUGUUCAGCUAUUGUUCAUCCAUUUGGGAUCAACUGUUUCUAAAGAAUCGCACUAUGAAUCUUCUCAAGAAUUUUUUCAAUUAUUUUGUCGUUUAUUGAAUUACGCGUCUCAAACAAAAUGUUUAUUACCAAACGUCUCUGAACUUCUUAACUACGAAAUGGAACAAUUGAGGAAUGUUAGGAAAAAUUUGGUCGUCGAUGGUCUGAUUGAAGAGAUUCAAUUAGAAGGACACUUAGGCAUAACCAAAGAGAUUAUAUCAUUAUUAGAUUUUGAGCAAAAAUAUGAUGUCGGCUGUGAUAUGAAAGGAAUUUGGGGACAGGAGGGACACGGAUUGAUCAAUAUUUUAAUCGAUGAAUACAUAUUUCCCGCUUCAAGAGCUAUAUUUCAAACAAAUCAACAGAAGAACACAAAUCGAACGCAUAUUGAAGAAGUGAAUCCCAUUUGUACGUCUCCGUCAACAUUGGCCGCUGCUUAUGAUUGUUUGGUUGCUCUUUCCACUGGAUGUGCUUAUAACUUGCAAUUGACUGCCACUACACUUAUUGAAAUGUUUUAUUCAACUAAUGAAACACUCGUUGAUUGGGAAUAUUUGCCGCCAAUAGGUCCCCGAUCUCCCCGAGGCUUUGUCGGUCUCAAGAACGCCGGCGCCACUUGUUAUAUGAAUUCUGUUUUGCAACAGUUAUAUAUGAUUCAAGAAGUUCGAGACGGCAUUCUUGCAAUAGAAGGUGCGGCCACUGAUCCUAAUGAAGAUUUUUCUGGUGAUGACAGAAACGAUUCCAUACACUUAAGUCUAUUAAGUAUAGAUCAAAACAGAAUUGAAGAAUCAAAUAAAGACGAUUCGCGUAAAGAUUAUAACUUAGGUGUUCUCAAACAAAUUCAAGCCAUCUUUGGUCACUUGAUUUUAAGUAAAUGUCAAUAUUAUGUUCCCAAAGGAUUUUGGAGACAUUUUAAAUUAUGGGGCGAACCGGUUAAUCUUCGGGAACAACACGACGCUCUCGAGUUUUUUAAUAGUUUAGUCGAUAGUUUAGAUGAAGCACUUAAAUCAUUGGGUCACUUACCAAUUAUGUCUAAUGUAUUGGGCGGUACUUUUGCCGAUCAAAAGAUUUGUAAAGACUGUCCUCACAGAUAUUCUCGUGAAGAGUCAUUCACAACAUUAAACAUUGACAUUAGAAAUCACAGUAAUUUAUUGGAUUCAUUGGAACAGUAUGUCAAGGGUGAUCUUUUAGAAGGAGCUAAUGCUUACCACUGCGAAAAAUGCAACAGAAAAGUUGAUACAAUGAAACGGUUGUGCAUUAAAAAGUUGCCAUCAGUUUUAGCAAUUCAAUUGAAACGAUUUGAUUACGACUGGGAGAGGGAGUGCGCCAUUAAAUUCAAUGAUUACUUUGAGUUUCCACGCUUUCUUGAUAUGGAACCGUAUACUGUGAGAGGAUUGGCCAAAGUUGAUGGACAAAUGAUUGACGACGAUCUUAAUGUCUAUGAAGAAGAUCAAUCGUUGUCAGAUAAAGAUAAACAAUGUACUAAAUACGACUUAUGCGGAAUUGUUGUCCACUCGGGUCAAGCAAGUGGUGGUCAUUAUUAUUCUUAUAUUCUUUAUAAGAGUAAUAACGGAUCUAAGAAUUGGUUUAAGUUUGACGACGGAGAUGUUUCCGAAUGCAAACUCGAUGAAGACGAAGAAAUGAGAGCUCAAUGUUUUGGUGGCGAUUAUAUGGGCGAAGUGUUUGAUCAUAUGCUUAAGCGGAUGUCCUGUAGACGACAAAAGAGAUGGUGGAACGCAUACAUACUUUUCUAUCGACGAAAUGAUACCGAAGAGACAGCACUCGCUAAACGUCUUAAUGAAUUAGUAUUAAUGGACUCAAAGGCAAACGAUAAGAAGCUAUUUAAGAUGCCGGUAGCCAUUGAACGCAGUGUUCAAAGACAAAACAUCAAAUUCAUGCACAUGAAGAACCAGUUUAGUUAUGAAUACUAUCAGUUCAUGAAAAAGUUGAUCAGUGCUAACGGUUGGAUCGGUAAUUAUACUAAAGAGUCUAAUAAAUGGCAGGAAGAGUUGGCCACAAUAAGCACACAACUGGCCUCAAAGUUCCUGUUUUCGACAUGUCUUAGGACUAAAAAGUCCCUUCGUGGACCAGCUCUUGAUUGGUACGAGAUAUUGACAUUACAUUUGAAAGUAAGCGAAUCAAUCCGGAUGUGGUUCAUAACGAAAGUACUGUUAGCCCAUCAAAACAGAUUCAGUGAAUACCUAUUGGAAUGUCCGUCCGCUGACGUCAGAGUGGCCUUCAGUAAAAUAAUCAUAUAUUUAGCGCACUUUACACUUAUGGACGGAUCUCAAGUCGAUAUUCAACAGUCCUCCCAUCAAAACGAAACCUCACCUAUCAAUCUAUCAAAUUGUUUAAUUAGAUUAACAUUAGAUUUACUUCGAAAAGAAGUUUCGGAUUAUAGUCGAAAUUUAGGUCAAUAUUUUAGUUUAUUUUCGAUGUACGCUUCCAUUGGAAAGGCGGAAAAAUUACAAUUGUUGAAACAAUGCGUUCCCGAAUUGUUCAUAUUAGUGGCACUGGAUGAGGGACCGGGACCUCCCAUCAAAUAUCAAUACGCAGACUUAGGAAAACUCUAUAAUGUGGUCAGUCUUCUAAUUAGGUGCUGUGAUGUCUCAUCUAAAACAAUAUCGUCGAUGUCUGGAAAUAAAGUCUAUCCGAAUCCCUUUAUGGCCGAAGAUAUAGAUGAUUAUUUGAUGCCUAUUCCACCACAAGUGGCUGAUUUAGUUUUUAAUAAAUCCAAUUACACCAAAAAGAUCAUCGAAGAAGCUAAUAGUGCUGACGACACAAUCAAAUUGUUAAAGUUUUGCUGUUGGGAAAAUCCUCACUUCUCAUCAAUGGUAUUGAGUGAACUCUUGUGGCAAAUUGCCUAUUCGUAUGCUUACGAAUUAAGACCACAUUUGGAUCUGUUGUUGGAAAUGUUACUUUUGGAUGACUCGUGGCAAACGCAUCGGUUACUUAAUGCUCUCAGAGGAGGUACAACUGAAGAAAGAGAAGCACUUUUUGACACAAUUAAUCGAAAUAAAAGCCAUUACCAGAAGAGAGCGUAUCAAUGUAUCAAAUGUUUGGUUACUUUAUUCAGUUCCUGUCCAUUAGCGCACCAAUUAUUGCACGAACACAUUGACUUGAAAAGGAAAUGGAUGAGCGCUGUUGUUUGGCUCAGUGAUGAACUCGAUAAGAGACCGUAUGCGGCCAACAAUCAAUACGGUUACAACAAUUGGUCACCACCUGCACAGUCAAAUGAAACCAGUAAUGGCUAUUAUCUCGAAAGAUCUCAUAGCGCUCGACUUACUCUUAGUAGAGCUCAUGAAUUAUGUCCUCCUGAAGAACCACAAGAAGAUCUUGAAGAACAUGAAAUAUCUCAGGAAACAGAUAGUCCUCCUUCAGAAACAGUUAGUGAGGAUCCAUUGCGUCCCAGAUCUUUCAGACAGAGAGUUAAUGAAGACACUAAUAAAUAUAAGUUAUAUGAAUGUAAUGACGAAACAACAAACAAAUGGUGGAAUCAAAGUUCUUCCGGACCUACAGUUGGCAACACUCACCCAACUGCUGGUCCUUCGAGUCCAACUACCAGUGAUGUUGAUGUUCAGAAUCGGGUGUAUCCAUGGAUUAAUAGUAACCCUCAACAUAACUCUCCAACGAAGAUCAAACCAAUGACUUCAUCACCACAGAUGAAGAACCAAACAGUCAGUCAUAUGUCUCAACAGUCGACUAGUUUUGAUAGAGAGUCACAAACUGAAGAUAAAAAUAGUCAACAAAACAAAAAUGUUUUUAAUGAAAGUUGAGGUUUAAAAUUAAACAUUCAAUCAAAAGAUUGUUAUAAGUGAUUGAAAACACUUUUGUUUUUUAAAAAUUUUAACG